CUGGGCGGCUCUCAGCACCGAGCCACGCUUCCUUAUGGAGGCGAAAGAAACGUGCGCUGUCAUUACCGUGACCUGACAGCCGCGCUCUCUUCUGGGAUUAUUCGCCUUUAGACUCGGACGGCUUUAUGCCGAUCCCAAAAGACGGUAAGUUUUUUUUUUCGCCCCGUCGCUCGGAGAGUCGAGUUUGUUGUGCAGGAUUAAGUUGGCACUAGUGCGAUCACGCAUCAUAUCUCAACGCUCUCUGCUUGGGCUUGGACUAGAGACUACAUACAGUAUGAGCUUUAAAGCGUCAUGCAGGAUUAUAAUGCAGUUCAAGCUGCCAUGACAUACAGUGUGCAUGCAUGCAGGGUGCAGUUCAGGUUGCUUUCAGGAGUAAUUAUUUUAGACCACCAGGUGAAGGCAAGUGGACUUUGGAUUGACGGACAGGGUCUACUCGUGUGUGUCAGUCUGUAGGACCACAUCUGACACCAGCCCGAAAGGACAAUUUUAAUAAAUGUUGCUUUACUGUCUGGCGGCUGUCGCCAGUUCCGCAGGACCUACGGACGUCCACACUGCAGGUCUCUUUGUGCCCGAAUCUGAGCUUCCACCCUCGUUCCCACACACCCCUCCUUGGCACCAUCUUUUAAUAAGACUGGGGCUGUUUCCGAAUCCUCUGUCUGUAGUGUUCGCCACACUCCUGCACACGUAUUCCAUAUCACGACAGACCACAAGUGUCCCUUGGACAAUAUUCAGGGAGUGUGCCAUAGUGGCCUCCUCUUGUUCCUCUACGAGGAGAUAAUCCAAAUGUUCACUUCCACUUCUCAGGACGUACCGAACCGCUAAUUCAGGAUUUUUCUUUUUAAAGAAAAUACUUUUGUGUUUCUAAAUAAACAAUCCAAAUCCAGAGAAAAAAAAACAUCUUUUAAAGUGCAUGCACAAUGAGCUCAGACGGUUUCCAGUACCGUGCACUGUAUGAGUACAAGCGAGAGAGAGGAGAUGACAUCUCCCUGCAGCCUGGAGACCUUCUCACGGUAGGCAAGCUAGCACUUCUGACCCCAGACUGCCAGGAGGGCGAUGAGAAGAACCCGACGGGCUGGCUCCAUGGCACAAACGAGCGCACCAAGGAGAAAGGUGACUUCCCGGGGACGUUCGUGGAAUAUGUGGGUAUUGUGCGUGUGGGCCUGCCUGCAGGAAAACCCUGGCCUAGACCUGUUCCUCCAACCCCUGGAGUACCCCAAACACCUGUAGGACCACAGCCUCCAGGAGCCUGUGCUUCAGGGGGCUGUAUGGUGGUGGAUUCUCUGGAGCAGUCUACCGUGCCAGACCAGGCCCUUGCUGUGGUGCUCAGACUCACUGAAGCUCUGGAGAGACCGGGCUGGGAAAACGAGCCUCUCUACAGAACCUUGUUGGCUUCCAGUGCUGCAACGCUCGACCUACAACAGGCUCUGGACACAGACCCCGCUGCAGUGGAGUAUGAGCAGUACGACUUGGCUGUGUUGGCUGAUACUCUCAGGGCUUACCUGCAGGAGCUGCCAUGUCCCAUCAUUCCAUCUGUGCUCUACAGUGAGCUGGUCUACACUGCUCAGGAAAUAGCAAGUUUGGAGGAAUGUGGUCAGCAGCUAAAGAGGAUCCUGGACUCUCCCAGCAUGCCACAGUCUAACCACCAGCUCUUGGUCUGUCUGACCUGUCACCUCAGCAAAGUUGCACAGAGUGGAGGAGCUGCUCAGGCCAGUGGCAGAUUUCUGGCUCAAGCCUACUUGGAGCCGAUAUUUAAAUACAGCCAUUCCGGUGCUGAUGUGAACCCUGAUCAUCACAUGAAGAUUCUGGAAGCCCUCAUUGCUGUAGGAGGCCUGACUGAGAUGCAAGCUGCACCAGCUCUUCCUCCCAAGCCGGCCAAACCCAUGACUCCCGUGAACAGUAACGGUGCGAAGGAGGCGGCAAGCAGCUCGUUGCAGGAUGCAGAAUGGUACUGGGGAGACAUAUCGAGGGAAGAAGUGAACGACAAACUGCGAGACAUGCCAGACGGAACCUUCCUGGUACGGGACGCCUCGACUAAAAUGCAGGGAGACUACACGCUCACUUUAAGGAAAGGCGGCAACAAUAAGCUAAUAAAGAUCUACCACCGCGACGGCAAAUACGGUUUCUCAGACCCCCUGACCUUCGGUUCGGUGGUGGAGCUCAUCAGUCACUACAGACACGAGUCUCUGGCUCAAUAUAACACGAAACUGGACGUCAAGCUCAUGUACCCCAUCUCCCGCUACCAACAGGAUCAGCUGGUCAAAGAAGACAACAUCGAUGCUGUGGGGAAGAAACUCCAGGAAUAUCACAAUCAAUAUCAGGAAAAGAGUAAAGAGUAUGACGGGCUGUAUGACGAGUACACGAAGACUUCGCAGGAGAUUCAGAUGAAACGCACGGCGAUAGAAGCCUUCAACGAGACCAUCAAGAUAUUCGAAGAGCAGUGUCACACACAGGAGCGAUACAGCAAGGAGUAUAUCGAGCGCUUCCGCAGAGAAGGCAACGACAAAGAGAUCGAAAGGAUAAUGAUGAACUACGCCAAACUCAAAUCACGACUAGGGGAGAUCCACGAAAGCAAAAUCCGCCUGGAGCAGGACCUAAAGACGCAAGCGUUGGACAACCGGGAGACCGACAAGAAGAUGAACAGCUUAAAGCCAGACCUUAUCCAGCUGAGGAAAAUCCGAGAUCAGUAUCUUGUUUGGCUCAAUCACAAAGGCGUACGUCAGAAACGAAUAAAUGACUGGCUGGGCAUCAAAAAUGAGAACACAGAUGAUACUUACUUUGUGAGUGAAGAGGACGAGAACCUGCCACACUACGACGAGAAGAGUUGGUUUGUUGGGGACCUGAACCGCACGCAGGCUGAGGAUCUUCUGCUGGGAAUGCCAGAUGGAGCCUUCCUCAUCCGGGAAAGCAGCAUGAAGGGCUGUUACGCCUGCUCUGUAGUUGUGGAUGGAGAAGUGAAGCACUGUGUGAUCUACAGCACGCCGCGUGGUUACGGCUUCGCUGAGCCAUACAACCUGUACAGCACUCUGAAAGACCUUGUUCUGCACUAUCACCAGACCUCGCUGGUCCAGCACAACGACUCGCUCAACGUGCGCCUGGCCUACCCCGUCUACGCACAGAUGCCCUCAGGCCCCCGCAGAUGAGGCCCUGCCCACUCCAACACACACACACACACACACACACACACGUGUUCCUACAAACUAAACAAAAUCCAACACAACAAACACUUGCUGCAACACACCCAAACAAACACACACACCUACACAAACACACACGUCAGCCACCUUCGGAGUUCUAUAUUUUUACUAGAACAAUUUGGAGGGCAUUCUUUCUAAAGACUGCUUGAUUUGCACAAGGAAGUUUUAAAUGUUUGUGAAUGUGAAAAAAAAAAAAAAAAAAAGACAGAAGGAAGCAGAAGAGGCGAGUUUCAGGUGACCCACGCUGCUACCUAAACUCCAGCUGGGACUUUUUACAUGCUUCAUGAUUUAAAGCUUUUCUUUUUUUUGUCCUUCUUUUCUUUUUCAUUGUCAUUCAUUUGUACAUUUUUAUCCCUUUGUCUCAUCCUCCUUUACUACAUUCAAGGCAGGAAAUUAUAUAUGUUUUUUUUUCUCUUUCGCUCCUUCUCUCUCUCUCUCUCUCUCUCUCUCUCUCUCUCUCUCUUUUGCUUUCUUUCAUUGUGUGUAUGCUGAAAAGGCAAAUGUAUGUAGCAAACAGACGCCUGACACUUUCCAGAGUGUUUCUCACAGUAACUGCUGCUGAACAAGGGAUUAUGGGAGGGAAUGGAACAGGGACAGGGGUAGGGUGGGCCGGGGGGACAAGCUGAGAGGGCACAAGUGAAAAUAUGUCAUAGUCUUAAAUGAAACAAGCUUGCUUUUAUAUGUUAGAGGGGAGCUGUUUGUUUUGUUUUGUUUUUUAGGUUUUUUUUAAUGUUUGUUUGCUUUAAUUGCUGGAUCAGAUUUUUUUUUUUAUCUUUCUGAGCAGUAAUGGUGUUACAGUCCAGUGCAGAGACCAAAGGUAGCAUAGGGAGGAUUUUUUUUUUCUUCUUUCUGUUGAUUAAUAAGAUCGAGAGGAAAGUGUUAUUUCACCCUAAAACCCGUAGACUCGGUAACUAAAAGCGCCAGACAGAAAAUAAAGAUUAUAAUUUUCUUGA